AUGUUCUUUAGAGAACGUUGUGCAGAGGAUGAGAAGACCCGGGAUCUGGUGCAUCAGUACAAAGGGCCUCAGCGUCUGGCUUUGCUUCUGUCUAAACCUCACAACAAACAGCUGCUGUGCGCCGCCACCGGAGCCAUCUGGAAGUGUUCCUUGAGCCGCAAGAACGUCACCAAGUUCCAGGAGGUGGGAGUCCUCCAGAAGCUGGUCUCUCUCCUCUCGGAGCAGCCGGAGGAGGUCCUGGUGAACGUGGUGGCGGCUUUGGGAGAGUUCGCUCACAUUGCGUCCAACAGAACAGUGAUCGGACAGAGCGGAGGCAUCGAGAAGCUGGUGCGGCUGCUGACGGGCAGGAACCAGACUCUGCUGGUGAACGUGACCCGCACUCUGGGCAUCUGUGCCUCCGACAUGAAGAACAUGGUCAUCAUGGACCAGCUGGACGGCCUGCGUCUGGUCUGGUCUCUGCUCAAACACCCCAGUGCUGAGGUCCAGGCCAGUGCAGCCUGGGCCCUGUGUCCAGUCAUCCACCACGGGAAGGACGUGGACGAGUCCAUGCGGCGUCUGAUCGGAGGCUUCCAGCUGCUCAUCAAACUGUUGGAAUCCACAGACAACGAGGUCUUGGCCAGUAUCUGCGCGGUCAUCGCUAAGAUCACGGAGGACAAAGAGGAGAAUGUGGCUCUGCUCACAGACUACGGAGUGGUUCCUCUGCUGGCCAAGCUGACCGGCACCACAGACGACCGGCUGCGGCGCCACCUAGCGGAGGCCAUAGCGUACUGCUGCAUGUGGAGCCAGAACCGCGGUGCGUUCGGGCGAGCGGGCGCCGUGCCUCCUCUGGUGUCGUACGUGAGGAGCAAUAACCAGAGCGUCCACGAAACCACCGUGGUCGGACUGUACCAACUCAGCAAGGACGUGGACAACUGUGUGAGUCUGCACGGCAACGGGGCCGUCAAGCCUCUGCUGGAGCUGAUGGGACACCCUCAGGAGGACGUGGCCUUCAUGGCGGCCGGCUGCGUCAGGAACAUACGGAUGCUCGCCAACGCCAACAAGUUUCACAAGAUGGAUGACACGAGGGUUUCUCCCUCCGCUGACCCGAGGGUCUUCACUCUGAGGGUGUUUCAUCAGGCCUUCACUCUGAGGGUGAUUCGUCAGGUCUUCGCUCUGAGGGUGUUUCGUCAGGUCUUCGCUCUGAGGAAGUUUCGUCUGGUCUUAACUCUGAGGGUGUUUCGUCAGGUCUUCACUCUGAGGGUGUUUCGUCAGGGCUUCACUCUGAGGGUGUUUCGUCAGGGCUUCACUCUGAGGGUGUUUCGUCAGGGAUUCGCUCUGAGGGUGUUUUGUCAGGUCUUCGCUCUGAGGGUGUUUCGUCAGGGCUUCACUCUGAGGGUGUUCCGUCAGGUCUUCGCUCUGAGGAAUUUUCGUCUGGUCUUCACUCUGAGGGUGUUUCGUCAGGUCUUCACUCUGAGGGUGUUUCGUCAGGUCUUCACUCUGAGGGUGUUUCGUCUGGUCUUCACUGUGAGGGCGUUUUGUCAGGUCUUCGCUCUGAGGGUGUUUCGUCAGGUUUUCGCUCUGAGGGUGUUUCGUCAGGUCUUCACUGUGAGGGUGUUUUGUAAGGUCUUCACUGUGAGGGUGUUUUGUCAGGUCUUCAUUGUGAGGGUGUUUCGUCGGGUCUUCACUGUGAGGGUGUUUCGUCAGGUCUUCACUGUAUGGGUGUCUCUUUCAUCAGGUCUUCACUGUAUGGGUGUCUCUUUCAUCAGGUCUUCACUGUGA